ACUCAUUGUCGCCGUCAACAGCAGUCGAGUGUGAAAAUACCUCAAAAUUUUUUGAAAUUAUUUUCUGCUGACAUACAAAUAACUUAGGAACUUACAUCCCUCUGAAUAUGGCGGCUCUUGUUGGUAUUAACGGUUUCGGGCGCAUUGGACGCCUAGUUCUACGUGCGUCUCUGGAAGCUGAUGACGUGAAGGUUGUUGCUGUCAAUGACCCUUUCUUAGACCCCGAGUACAUGGCUUAUUUGUUCAAAUAUGAUUCCACACAUGGUAUAUACAAGGGAGAUGUGGCAGCAUCAGGAGACAGUCUCAUUGUAAAUGGCCAAACUAUAAAAGUUUCCAAUGAGAAGGAUCCCAAAUCCAUUCCGUGGGGUGCAAACAGUGUGGUAUAUGUAGUUGAAAGUACUGGUGUAUUCACCACAAUAGAGAAAGCUAGUCUUCACCUGGAAGGAGGCGCUAAGAAGGUCGUAAUCUCUGCUCCCAGUGCGGAUGCACCAAUGUUUGUGUGUGGUGUCAAUUUGGAUAUGUACGAUAGCAGUAUGAACGUAGUGUCAAAUGCUUCUUGCACUACAAAUUGCCUUGCUCCUUUAGCAAAGGUUGUCCAUGACAAUUUUGAAAUUAUAGAAGGUCUGAUGACAACAGUUCAUGCCACCACAGCAACACAGAAGACAGUUGAUGGACCAUCGGGAAAGUUAUGGCGUGAUGGUCGGGGAGCUGGUCAGAAUAUCAUCCCAGCUGCUACUGGAGCAGCCAAAGCUGUCACUAAAGUUAUCCCAUCAUUAGUUGGGUGCCUGACUGGAAUGGCUUUCCGUGUCCCUGUACCUGAUGUGUCAGUAGUUGAUCUCACAUGCAGGAUAGGCAAAGGUGCAACUUACGAUGAAAUAAAACAGAAAGUGAAAGAAGCUGCUGAGGGUCCCCUCUGUGGAAUAUUGUCCUACACUGAAGAUGAAGUUGUUUCAUCAGAUUUUAUAGGGAAUGCAAACUCAUCUAUUUUUGAUGCAAAAGCUGGCAUGUCACUCAACAGCAACUUCGUCAAGCUUAUUUCCUGGUAUGAUAACGAAUGUGGUUACUCUCAUAGAGUGUGUGAUUUGAUUCGUCAUAUGCACAAAGUUGGGUAACUAUGAAAAAUGUGCUGAUUGUGGAAAUAGAAGCAGCAAUUUAUUAUUAUAUGCUUUGUCUUUUUGCGCUAGAUGUUUUGAGGUAUUAUGAUUACUGUUUUUCUGUAAGUU